AUGGUAGUUCAAGCCGUGGUAGACAAUAAGAUUUCAUUCCUUGACAUAACAACAGGGUUAGCAGGUAGUGUUCCAGAUAGACGAGUUUGGAAUUCUAGUGGUUUGAAGAAGGCUUGGAUUGAGAAGAAGUGUUUAUGUGGUCUAGUGUACCACACAGAGUUUGGGGACAUUCCACAAUAUAUCAUUGCAGAUGGAGGAUAUGACUAUGCUUUACCGGUGUUGGUCCCAUAUCCAAACAGGUUUCAUGGCAAAGAGCAGUACAACUUCCUUCAUUCUUUUACGAGGAUUGUUGUUGAGCAAUCUUUUGGAAUUUUAAAGAGACAAUGGAAAUUGCUAGCUCGGAAAGGAUUCAGAGGUCAUCCAGGCAUCCUUGCAAAUAACAUCAUGGCCUGUUGUGUGCUACAUAACUUAAUGAUCACACGGAAUAAUAAGUUCAUGGAAGAUUUUGACCCCGACAAAUUUAACCAUGAUGCAAGCUACCUUCCACAAAGGUCUCUUCGUUCAGCUAAAGAUGGCAUAGCAUUGAGAGACAUAGUGGAAAAGUUUAUAGAGAGCUUAGAGUGA